UUACCAAAAAACUCACACUCUCAUUGUAAAUUACUGAGAGCACAAGCAACAAAGCAGAGAGAAACAGAGAUGCAAGAAACCACCAGCAAAAUCCUCUUUGUACUUCUCCUCUUCUUUCUAAUUCUCUCACCUUCCACACAAAACCCACAAGAACAAGACAUAUACUACUGUGGUAACACUCCAAUCCCAAACCCAUCUAAUCUCAUAACCUGCAGAUCUGGAAAACUCUACUUCAAAACCUCAACUGGUCUUCUCUCCCAUGUCUCCAAAACAGAGGAAGUGAAAUUGAGAGCAAGGGUCUCUAUGGAAGUCGAAGGUCACAUACCUGAUUUAUGCAUCUCCUGUGAGAGACCUGAUGGUAACUGUGGUGUUGCUCUAAGAUGUCUCUGUCAUCCUAAAGAGUGCAAGAAUAAAGUUGUAAACUUUGGAAUAAAGUCUCAAGCUUUAUCUGGUAAAACACAGCUUGUUCUACUUAUGUCAAUGGGUUUGUUUCUCAUCUGGUUUUGAAUUUGUAAAUUUCACUCAUUUAGCUUCAAAAUUAGGACUUUGAUACAAAUUUGUGUGUUGUGUUUCCUUAUGGAACACAAAUUUGGAUAUAAUCUAUGGUUGUUGUUUGUUUCAAUGUCUGGUGCUUGGAAAGGAGUUAUAUACAUCUGGUGUUGUAAUAGAGAUGAAUGAUAAUAUGACUUUGAGUUUAUCA